CGGAUUUCUUCCUUUAACAAGAUGGCGGCAGGAAGCAGCGGCGGUAGCGGGAGGCGCGCCUCGAAAAGCGAGGCCGAUUCGGGCUUCUUGGGGCUGCGGCCCACGUCGGUGGACCCGGCGCUGAGGCGGCGGCGGCGAGGCCCCCAAAAUAAGAAGCGGGGCUGGCGGAGGCUCGCUCAGGAGCCGCUGGGGCUAGAGGUGGACCAGUUCCUGGAGGACGUGCGGCUGCAGGAGCGCACGAGCGGUGGCUUGGUAUCAGAGGCCCCGGAUGAAGAACUCUUCUUCGUGGACACCGGUCCCAAGAGAAAAGAGCUGAACAAGAAGAGGACCAAAGGCCAGAGGAGGUCACUGCUUCUCAAGAAGCCCCUUCGCGUGGACCUCCUCCUGGAGAACACCUCCAAGGUCCCUGCCCCCAAAGACAUCCUUGCCCACCAGGUCCCCAACGCCAAGAAGCUCAAGCGGAAGGAGCAGCUAUGGGAGAAGCUGGCGAAGCAGGGCGAGCUGCCCCGGGAGGUGCGCAGGGCCCAGGCGCGGCUCCGCAACCCUCCAGCGGCCAGGGUCAAGCCAGGGCCUCAGGACACCAUUGAGCGGCCCUUCUACGAUCUCUGGGCCAAAGACAAUCCUCUGGAGCGGCCCUUGGCUGGCCAGGACCCCUUUUUCCUGGAGCAGACCAAGAAGAAAGGCGUGAAGCGGCCGCCGCAUCUCCACGCCAAGCCCUCCCAGGUGCCUGCUGUCGAGGUGACCCCGGCCGGAGCCUCCUACAACCCAUCCUUCGAGGACCACCAGACCCUGCUCUGGGCGGCCCACGAGGUGGAGCUGCAGCGGCAGAAGGAGGCGGAGAAGCUGGAGCGGCAGCUGGCCCUGCCCCCCGCCGAGCAGGCCGCCACCCCGGAGUCGGCCUUCCAGGAGCUGUGCCAGGGGCUGCUGGAGGAGUCGGAUGGGGAGGAGGAGCCGGGCGAAGGCCAGGAGGAGGGAGCGGGGGCCGGAGGAGCCGAGCCAGGAGGAGCCGAGGCCUCGCCUGUCCCCAGCCGCCCAGCCGCCUCGGAGAAGAAGACGGAGCAGCAGCGGCGGCGGGAGAAGGCUGCACGGACCCUGCGGGUGCAGCAAGCCGCGGUACGGGCUGCCCGGCUGCGACACCAGGAGCUCUUCAGGCUGCGUGGGAUCAAGGUGCAGGUGGCGCGGCGGCUGGCCGAGCUGGCGCGGCGGCGGGAGCAGCGGAGGGCCCGGCGGCUGGCUGAGGCGGACCGGCCCCGCAGGCUGGGGCGGCUCAAGUACCAGGCCCCCGACAUCGACGUGCAGCUCAGCUCGGAGCUGUCAGGGUCGCUCAGGACCCUGAAGCCCGAGGGCAACAUUCUCCGUGACCGGUUCAAGAGCUUCCAGAAGAGGAACAUGAUCGAGCCUCGGGAGCGAGCCAAGUUCAAGCGCAAGUACAAGGUGAAGCUCGUGGAGAAGCGGGCCUUCCGCGAGAUCCAGUUAUAACCGCUGUGCCAUGCUGGAGCCCGCACCCCUCAAUAAAGCCCCCCUGACCCCCACCUCGAGCCUGCGUGUGCCUCGUCUGCCUCUGCGGGCAGCUUCUCUCUGUCUGUCCCCCUCUAGCGCAGGAGGACAUGGGUACUGGGACAUUCCAACAAGGGCUGUGAGAACCGGGGGGUUGCGGGGCCGUCCAGCAUCCCAGGAGUGAGCAGGGUCUGGAAGAGUGUGGAGCGAUGGCCUGCGGGCUGACCGGGGUCAGGGGAGCGAGGCCAGGGUCCUCGCCUGCGUGUCUGGCAGGGGGAGGAGCCUGCUCCUGGCCCCCGGGAGUGGGAGGCACAUCUUGGGUCCAGCUGUGUCCCGUGGGUGUGGCCGCAGCUCAGGUUGGCCGAGUGCCUGCUGGGCCUUUAGGCUGAUGGAGGCCCUCACGACAGCUGGGCGAGGGGGUGGGCGUACCCCAUCGCAAGGCAGGAGACGGAAGGCGACACAGAGGGCUGACUUUCCUCUCCUCCGCUCCUGUGACUCCAUUAAAAACGUUUAAAUCUGG